GUUUUCCAGGUAACGGGAUGAAGUCUACACUGAUGUUUCGUGACCAGGUGAACACCAUAUCCCAGUGGUGUGACCAGUGGAACGAGUGUGAGCAAACUGUUGCUUUGUACUCGUUGCUCAAGAAACUGAACCCAACUCAGGCCUACUUCCUUUCACUGGUUCUGGACCAGAGUUUGGAUGGGUGUACCGAUCUCAAGCUACAGAAGCAACAGGCCAAUGACCCAGCAUUCAUUGGUAGCUGGUGUAAUGAGACUAAAGAAAAUGCACUGUCCCGACUCCUGAUGUACCUUCCUCUCUUAGCACCUGGCAAUAUAGAGGCCAAGAACCAGUACCUCAAUCUCAUUCCCAGAAUUCUUUCUCAUUCCAUUGAGAACAGUGUUCACAUCGAAGAAAGUCGGCAGCUUCUGUCUUACUCCCUCAUUCACCCAGCCAUCUCUAGUGAAGACAGACGCACACUUACACAGUGGCUCCAUCACCUGGAGGACCGAAUGAACUCUUACAGUAUAUUCAAUGGGCAGGUCAAUGGGUCUUGUGAUGCUGGGUCUGUUCUUAAUGGCAGCGGAGUAGUAGAGGGUAUUACAGGACGACCAAUAGCCUGUAGCAGUCGUUUAGACCUGUGGCGUAGUGGUUCAGUCAGCUCUCGUGACUCUGGUAUUAAUGUUAAUGGGAACUUUGCAGAAAUGAAUGGAUACUUGGGUUUGAAUUCUCUUGGAAGCAAUAGCCUACCUCCAGGAAUUGGAACCAAUCAUAUAAACUUACAUGCCAUGAAUUCAGCUCCCCCAAGUGGUGUGUCAUCCAUCCAGUCUCAAGGUAGUGGACAGACCCUAGGUCCUUCUCAUUCACGUAUCCGCCGCAGCAACAGUCUCACACCCCCUAGCCCCACUCAUCAUUUGAGAUAUUCUGGCCUUCCUAAUGGAACAUCGCAUGAUUGGAACAUCGAUAAGGAUAUGAGACAGCAGUCUGCACCAACUAACAAUUCUGAGAACUCGACACUCUCAUCUAGAAACAGUGUAACAUCUGGAAAUGGUACUGAGAUGCAUGCAGAGAAUAAAGAAGUCAGCGGGAUGAAAGUAAAACUGACAGAUGUGACAAUGUGGCUGAAGGGCUUGAGACUCCACAAGUAUGCCUACCUUUUUUCUAACAUGACAUAUGAUGAGAUGAUGGAACUAACAGAGAAACAGUUGGAAGAGCAGAAUGUGACAAAAGGAGCUCGUCACAAGAUUGUGCUCAGCAUUCAAAAAUUGAAAGAACGGCAAAACACUUUAAGGUUAUUAGAGAAGGAUCUUCAGGAGGGAGCCAGUAUAAGAAAUAUCUUGACAGAACUGAAGUCACUGCUACAGACUCCCAUUAAGGCAUUUUGUCCACCUGAAGGAUUACAGUCAAAUUCUUCCCAAGGUAGUGACAGUUUGGAGGAUCAGGACCCUGAGGGUUCAUUGACACCUAGUCCCCCACAAAGCCCUGGUCUUCUGAGUCUCGAGGGGGAUUCAAGUAUUAUGGCAGGAGACUUACCAGGGCAGUUCACCCGCUUGAUGGGGAAAGUGUGUACUCACUUGUUGGUGUCUGUAGAUAUGGAAGAAGAUAAAGUUAACCAAUUUCUUGUACUGGUGGAUAAGUGUUUAAGUCAUGAGGCCUUUACUCCAACACAAAAACGGCGACUAUUUUCUUGGAAGCAACAAAUACAGAAAGUGUGGCAUCCCUUGCCUCCACGCCGCUCAUUGGACACGAGGCUGAAUAGAGGAAAAUGGAAUUGCCAGACUGCUCAAGGAAAUGACCUUGGAGCAGCUGCAGCAGCUGGAUCUGUUGCCACCAGACGUCGUGUCUCACCACAGUUCCAGCAGUCUUCUCAGCGACCACACAUGCCUCGUCAACAAGGGUUUGUGGCCACACCAAACUUGACACAAUCUCCACAAAGAAACCCUUUAUCCAUAGUGAUCAAACGACCAAGUUUGCAAGAUCAUUUAAAACCUCAUGUCACUGUGCAGCGUACUAACUCUGCUCCAGUCCGGCCAAGUCCACUGUCGACUUCUGUUUUUGGAGAGCAAGGAGAGGUUGGAGACACAUCUUCCAAUGACCCAGAAAUCAAUACCAGACUGGAGUCACUGUGUUUGAGCAUGACAGAACAUGCCCUAGGAGGAUUAGAUGGAGGAGCCCCAUCUUUCUGAAGAUGACUGGUUGUGAUUGCCUAUAACUUGAUUUUGUUGAGUGAACAGUGUUCGCUCGGUUGCUCCAUAGUGCCAAGGUUUACAGAACAAUGGGUUCUCACCCCUUAAAUAAGGGGAUCUUUUUUUGAAGAUCUGAUUUGAAGUUUAAAAGUUUUUAAAGUCAGCUGUUGAAGAUAACCUCCAAUCAGCAGCUAUUUUUGUGUCUUAUAUACAUUUUUAUUUUUUGUACCUAGGGCAAUGGUAGUUUUAACUCAGCCUGACUUGGGGUGAAGAUUUUAUAACUUAAACCUUGAGCCAUUGUGUUUAUAUGUGUUCAGAGUCUUCCUUAAUUCUUAGUCUUGAGAUAAAAGAAUGUGGGUGCCCAGGAAGAAGGUUGGUUUCCUCUGACCCAGUCAGAUGGUUUGAUGAAUGUGCCUUAUAUUUUAUGAUGCAGUGCAUUAAGUCAUUAGCAUGCCACAUAGUGCAGUUUCUUUAAGAGAUAAGAAAUUUUACCAGUAUUUGUUAGUUGAAAAAAUAUAAAGCUGUGAAAUUAGUGCUCCAGUGUUGAAAGUUGAAAGAAGUCUAUAUUGUGUUGUAGCAGGCUGAAAGAAACAAAAAAAACUGUCAUGUGACAAGUCCAGAUUUCUUAUUAAAUAAGUAAGUAUGGUUGUCCAGAGGAAACUUUUUCCAGCAAAUAAAUUUGUUUAUUUGAAUGGAACUAGGAAAGAAAUUUCAUAUUGUUGUACAAAUUAUUGAUGGGACUUCAAUGAAACAAUAAAUAAUUCCCAUUCCUCAUAAAACCUGAUUCAACAAUAAAUAAUUCCCAUUCCUCAUAAAACCUGACCCAAUAAUAAAUAAUUCUCAUUCCUCAUAAAACCUGACCCAACAAUAAAUAAUUCCCAUUCCUUAUAAAACCUGUCCCAACAAUAAAUAAUUCCCAUUCCUCAUAAAAUCUGACCCAACAAUAAAUCAUUUCCAGAAUCGGUGUAAUAUUUAGUUUGAAAGUAUGCUGUUAUCUUUUUUUUGAGUGCAAAUUUAAAUUGAUUUUAAAUCUAUUUCUCAAGCUGAGUAAGUUACUUUAGGAAAAGUGUUGUUCAAAAACAGAAAAAAUAAACCGUAAUAAAUCACACAAACAACAACUUCAUUUUGGAUUCUGUGACAAAUUUUGCACUGUUUUUGAAAAGGUGUAUAUUCAAAUAUGAAUAUAUAUAUAUAUAUAUAUAUAUUUCAGUUCUGUUUUUGCUUUAAAUAUAAGGUUGUUAUUAAAAGGUGGUGAUCAGAUGUUAAAGGGGAUAAAAGUGUAACCCCACAAUAAGGAAAUUUCAUAGAGGAGAGAAGAAUUUGUUUUCAUUGAACUAAAUACUCAUAACUAAUCAUAAAUACUUUAAGCAUUUUUUAUUAAUUUCUAUUUUUCUAGCUAUAUCAUGAUUUUCAUCUACUUUUUACUCAGCGUAAGACUUCUCCAUAGUAUAGAAAAUUUAACAGUUUUCAACUUGUGGUAAGAAAGAGUAUAAAGUUUCCAUUGUUCUGAAAAAGUUAUUGCAGAGGUUUCCCCUCUUAUGUUUACCUGAGGUUUAACUAUUGAUAUGUAUCAUAAAUCUCUAGAGCAAAGAUGAAUCUUUCGAUUCUUAAUAAAUUGAUUUUGUUUUAGUAAAAUAGCAUAUCCAAGCAGCUGUAAAAAGUUCUAGUGCCUUUGAAACUUAAAACGUUUUUCAAAAUUUUAAAUUUAUUCUAAUGUUGAUAAUAACAUCUCAAAAUUCAGUGUUUUUUAGGUGGUUAUUUUGAAUAAAUUCUGAUACUUAGUGAUAUGGAAGACGUUAACUCAUAGACAAUUUGAUUUAAUUUUGGUAAAUACAGGAGUCCAAUUGACCAAAAUGCUGCUAUUCCUAUUUCUUGAUGUUUGGAAGCUAAACCUUCUGUUGAGUUGUAAAUUAGAUACUACAUAAAUCCCAGUGAUGAUUAGAGAUACCUAACAAUUGAAAAAAAUUAUAUAUAUUUUUGAAUGGAAAAGCUUUUCUGAAGAUUUUCAAAAAAUGCAUUCACUGCUGGCUCAGUGUUAAACUGAAUGUUACAUAAUGGCAGCAAUUCCAUUCUUGUGUGUUCUGUGGGAAGCCAUCUCAGACCAUCUUGAUUUAUAUUUUGUUUUUCCUUGGUUUUACUGAUUCAACAUGAAUAAUAACUUUUAUUUCCCUAAAACUUCUGUGUUUUGACAGUAAAGAUCAACUGAUAACACAAGUGUGAUUUUUAUAUGCUUUGCCAUCUCCAAGACUUCUUUUCUGGUUAUUAUGGUUUGUUGUAUUGCCUUUAUUUUCUUUUGAGCUGUUCAAAACCUAAAUAAAACAACCCUUUACUAGGGCGCUUUUUCCUGUAA